UGAAUGAGACUGCUGCUCGUUCACUGUACACCCUACUGCUGCGUGGAUAGACUGACUCGAUAUAGAGACAUGUAACGUGCGGUCAAGAAGCUGACUGAGGCUUGGGUUUGUUUACUCGCAGCUAGCAAGCCGGAGGGGUUCAUUUUUUAGGACUUUGUUUUCAAGUUAUACUGACCUGAACACUCAUGUUACGUGAGAAUAGAUGUCAAGGGCGGCUCAUCUGUUUUAAAUUACUGUCUCAGUAUCCUGCUCAAGUGGAGAUUCCCCCUGUGACUGGUGUGUGACUGAGCGACUGUGACAAAAUCUCCGUCAGAUAAACCCGCCAUCUUGCUACUCUGCCAGCUCCAUCCGCCAUCUUGUUGCCGGAACAGCUACGCACCACACCAUGGGGAAGAAACACUCCAAGUUCGACAUCAACCCUGCAGCAUCAACGGUAACAACACCCACUGCACCAUCUAGUCAGGCACCAACAAGAGGGACAUAUCUGGUUACAGAAGAGAACGGGUCAAGGUCAUCACCACAGCAACCAAAGUCACAAACCAAGAUGGCAGCUAAUGAUGUGUUUGUCUGUAACCAAGGCGAUCUGAAAGAUGGAGAGAUGAGGGAGGUAGAAGUGGCCGGGGGCAAGGUGCUGCUGACCAGAGACAAGGGGGAGUAUUACGCCGUGGGGCCAAAAUGUACCCACUAUGGAGCACCUCUGGCCAAUGGUGUGUUGUGUAAUGGCCGGGUGCGUUGUCCAUGGCAUGGAGCUUGCUUCAACGUCAAAACAGGGGACAUCGAAGACUUCCCAGGUCUCAACUCACUGCCAACAUUUGAGGUGUCGGUGCGAGACAGUAAGGUGUACGUGAAGGCCGAUGCGGAGACUGUGAAGAAAGCGUCCCGUGUGAAGUCCAUGGUGAAGCAUGUGGCAGACAACAAGCAGACAUUCGUCUUGGUGGGUGGAGGACCUGCGACAGUUGAAUGUGCCGAGACGUUGCGGCAGGAAGGUUUCACUGGCAAGGUUGUCAUAGUAACAAGAGAGAAACAUUUGCCGUAUGACAGACCAAAGUUGAGCAAGGCUAUGGACAUAAAACCGGAGGCCAUUGCUCUGCGGGAUGCUGACUUCUACAAGUCACAUGACAUCGAGAUACAAAUGGAGAAGGAGGUUGUUAGUGUAGACAGCAGCGGCAAAUCUGUGAAGUUGAGCGAUGGUGGUUCCGUCCAGUUUGAUAAACUUCUCAUUGCAACAGGAGGAAAACCCCGAACAUUGCCUAUCCCUGGCCUUGACCUUCAGAACGUGUGUCAACUCCGCACACCGGGGGAUGCUAACUACAUCGCCAGUGCUGCCCAAGGCAAGAAGGUUGUCAUCAUCGGGUCAUCCUUCAUUGGGAUGGAGGUAGCGUCCUGUCUGGCGGAGAAAGCCGAGAGUGUGUCUGUUGUAGAUCUCAUUAAAGUGCCCUUCCAGCUGACGUUGGGGGACAAAGUAGGGGCUGCAUUGCAGAAGAUGCAUGAAGACAAAGGCGUCAAGUUCUACUUCGAGAGAAGCGUCAAGGAGUUUGUAGGGGAAGAUGGGAAGGUGACGGAGGCCAUCUUGUCCGAUGGAACCAAGCUGGAAGCAGAUCUCUGUGUUCUCGGAAUCGGGGUCGUGCCUGCAACAGACUUCUUGAAGGAUUCCGGUAUCACCAUGACAACCAGAGGAUUCAUUACUGUGGAUAAGAGCCUCCAGACCAACAUGGCCGACAUCUACGCUGCUGGGGACAUCGUGGAGUUCCCUCUCUUCACAGCAGGGGACCAGCAAGCCAACAUCCAGCACUGGCAGAUGGCGCACCAACAUGGUCACACAGCAGCCCUCAAUAUGCUGGGGAAGACGACCGAGGUGCACAGCGUCCCCUUCUUCUGGACGGUGCAGUACGGCAAGAGUGUCCGCUAUACGGGAUAUGGACCUGGCUAUGACGAUGUCGUUGUCCAUGGAGAUCUGGAAGCACCAAAAUUUGUUGCUUUCUACACAAAAGGAGAGACUGUGGUGGCAGUGGCAAGCCUGGCCUUUGACCCCAUCGUGUCCCAGGCGGCCCAGCUGAUGCUGAAUGGGGGAACCAUCACCAAGGAGGAGAUCAAGGAUGACCCUAAAUCAUGGACAAGUCGACUUCAGAAGUUCUGACCAUCUUUUCAUUCAAAAUCAAACUUGUAAAAAUCAUGACGUAAUGUAUAUUUCAGUUCUAUACGAAUGUACAAUGUUACAUUUGACCAGACAUGCACGUGCUAUGAUGAGGAUUGAUUGAGGUGAAUAUUCUUAUUACUGCUGAGAGAUGACACUGAAAGGAUUACCCAGUAGUAUUGAAUAACUGACUAUUAUUUCUUACACCUGUAUUUAUGUGUGAAUAUAUGAAUGUGCUAUCAAGAAAUAAACAGUUGAAAUGUU